AUGGCUAUUUGGUAUGCGUCUCCUCUCUCCCUUAGAGUUGAAAAUUUUCCAUCUUUCCAGGAGUUGUGGCAAACUAUUCUCCAGCAGCAGGAACCAGAGGUGGUGGAGUGGUCCCAGACGUUGGUGUACAACAUUUGGGAUGUGAGGAAUAGGGUGCUCUUUCGGAAUGGACAGUUGGUGGUUGGAGAUGUUAUUGAUCGUGCCGUGGGGAUGUUGGCUCCAGCUUCUCCGGUGGUGCGUGAGGAGCGGGGUGGGACAAAGGCGGUGUGGGGGAGGCCACAUGAAAGGGUGAUUAAGCUAAAUGUUGAUGCUUCUUUCGUGGAUGGCAAGGGGGCGGGGUUGGGGAUGGUUGCUCGCAACCACCUUGGUGAGAUUAUGGUUGCGGCGACCUCUCACCCGAUCCCAGUUCUCCCAUCCCUCUUGACAGAAGCGAGCGGUUUUAGGUGGACUUUGCGAUUGGUGAUGGAGCUUGGUUUCCGGCGUGUUUGUCUAGAGACAGAUUGUCUCCAGUUAUAUCAGUGGUGGCAGAACAGAACUGUGGGGAGAUCUUACUUGGACACCAUUGUUAGUGAUUGUCGUUCUUUAGUUUCAUAUUUUGAUGUCUUUUCUUUGUCAUUUGUUAGACGUUCUAGUAAUUCAGUUGCAGACUUUCUGGCUAAGAACGCUUCCACUUAUGCGGAUUGUGUAUGGGUGAAAGAGGUUCCUGAUGUCGUUUCUGGUUUGGUUGAUUUGGAUGUAAUCGCUUCUAGGCUGGUUAGCCCUUAA